CGGCUCGACCCCAGGCUCGCGCUCACUCAGCUUACACGCAGGAGGCGCGCAGCAGCCUGCACAAUCCUGUCAGAUCUCCAAAAACCUCCAACUUUACGGGAGCCACCUACAUCUGACCCAGCAGCGGCAGUGCGCAGAGCUGAGUUAGCAGAAGCUGCAGCGCGGAGUGGGGAAGACGCUGUCCUCUCCCGCACGAGCCGAGGGCUGCCGGAACAGCCCUCCCCUUUGUGUCAGCGCUUUCUCUCCGCGCGCCGUGCCUCCGCGACUCCGUCCGGUGCAGGGGACAGUGCCGACCGCGGUGCGUCUCUGCGCGCGUCUUCGCGUGCUUUCCAGCACGGCAGCUCGCGUGAAUUAAUGACCCUUGAGGCGUGUGGGAGGCGAAGAGGAGCGACUCCGCGCGCCGUAGUUCGCGAUGCGCGAGGGCUGUCGCUGCGAUCUCUCGUAACAGUUUAGCGGGGACAGCUUCAAGUUCGCGAUCGCUUCAGAGAUUUGGGAAGGCGAGGAGGAAGAGUGUCCCCCCACUUGAGGGCGAGAGCUGACUUCGGAGGACGCGCGAGCGAGCGCCAGGACCAGAGUGUGCCACAUGCAACAUGCAGAAAUGUCCGCUGACACAGAGUUGGAUGUGAGAGGAGGCGCGUGGAAGGAGCUCCAGCAGGCGAGGGGAGGCGAGAGUGCGGCUGGAGGAGCCAGCGGCGGCAGCUCGGCAGGUGGAGGCGCGGGCGUAGACAGCUCCAUGCAGUUCAGCACCAGACCGGCAAGUGCAGAGCCAGCCUACCUGGGGACAUGGCAGCAGAACACUGACACCAACCUCCUGUUCAGGAUGUCCCAGCAGGCUAUACGCUGUACUCUGGUGAACUGCACUUGUGAGUGCUUUCAGCCGGGCAAGAUCCAUCUCCGGACUUGUGACCAGUGUAAGCACGGAUGGGUUGCUCACGCCCUGGACAAGCUGAGCACCCAGCACCUGUACCACCCGACCCAGGUGGAGAUUGUCCAGUCCAACGUGGUGUUUGACAUCAGCAGUCUGAUGCUGUACGGGACGCAGGCGGUGCCUGUGCGGCUGAAGAUCCUGCUGGACCGUCUGUUCAGUGUUCUCAAGCAGGACGAAGUCCUUCACAUCCUGCACGGCCUGGGCUGGACCCUGCGUGAUUAUGUCAGGGGCUACAUACUGCAGGACACAGCAGGCAAAGUUCUUGAUCGCUGGACCAUCAUGUCUCGUGAAGAAGAGAUCAUCACCCUGCAGCAGUUCCUGCGCUUCGGAGAGACCAAGUCCAUCGUGGAGCUCAUGGCAAUCCAGGAGAAGGAAGGGCAGGCAGUCACGGUGCCGUCGUCCAAGACGGACUCCGGUAUCAGGACUUUUAUCGAGAGCAACAACCGCACGCGCAGCCCCGGCCUUCUGACGCACCUGGAGAACAGCAGCCCGUCCAGCAUCCACCACUUCGAGAACAUUCCCAACAGCCUCGCCUUCCUGCUGCCCUUCCAGUACAUCAACCCGGUCUCGGCCCCCAUGCUGGGCCUCCCGCCCAACGGGCUGGCGCUGGAGCAGGCGGCUCUCCGACAGCGCUCCACCCUGUCCAACCAGAGCGAGCCCGUGGAGAGCAGCGAUUCCGAGGUGUCCCUCUCGCCCUUCCGUAGCAGCCAGAGUCCAAAUCGGGGAACCACAGGGUCCAUCCCCGGCACCAUCGAGCCAAAGACGGAGCCCAACGGGACUUCGCCAGUCGCCCCGAGCCCGGCGAUGCAGCAGCAAGGCCAGAGCCAGCAGCAAGGGCCGCAGACGUCUCAGCCGGCCCACCAGGUGGCGCCGCAGCCGCGGCAGACAGGCGCCCUAAACGAGCACCAGGCCCACCACCACUUCGUGAAGAGUGAGGAGUCGAAGAUCGCCAGCCAUUCCUCCUCCUCCUCCUCCUCGUUCUCCUCCAAGAUGCAUCGCAUGCGCCGCCUGGGCACGCCGUCCCGCAAGGGCCGCGUGUGCUGCAACGCCUGCGGCAAGACCUUCUACGACAAGGGCACGCUGAAGAUCCACUACAACGCCGUGCACCUGAAGAUCAAGCACCGCUGCACCAUCGAGGGCUGCAACAUGGUCUUCAGCUCCCUGCGCAGCCGCAACCGGCACAGUGCCAACCCCAACCCGCGCCUGCACAUGCCCAUGCUGAGGAACAACCGCGACAAGGACCUCAUCCGCUCCAACUCGGGCUCCGCCGCCCCGGUCAUCUCCAACGCCAAGAGUGGCUUCGCCCUCACCAGCCCGGGCCGGCCGCCGCUGGGGUUCGCCACGCCGCCGCUCGACCCCAUGAUGCACUCACCCCUGCAGAGCCCCCUGGUGUUCCCCUCGCUGAAGUCCGUGCAGCCGGUCCAACCCGUGCCGCCCUUCUACCGCACGCUGCUGUCUCCGGCCGACAUGGUCAGCCCACCUGUGUCCCUGCCCACCAGUCCCAUCCUGCCCCCUGCCACCAGCGGCACCUCCCUCAUGGACCAGCAUCAGCAGGUCCUGGCCGUCAGCUCCAACAGCGCCCACCUGUCGGACAGGAUGGUGGGGGGAAUGUCUCACCACCUGGCCACCACACCCAGUGCCCCCGACCCUGCAACCCCUGACCCUACACCCAAAAAGAAGCCGCGCAAGUCCAGCAUGCCGGUGAAGAUUGAGAAAGAGGUUGUCGACGUGGUGGAUGACUACGACGACAAAGAUGAGGACGACGAGGACAGCUGUCACUACCACCACCUCCACAGCGUCGUCAACGGCAACUGUAACAACAACAACAACAGCGGCGGGAGCGGGCACCAGUCGCCCUCCCAGGACGAGAUGAGCCCGGGCUUGGUCCUGAGGAACAUCCUACACCCGGAGCAGGACGAGUGCCGUGCCGGGGCCAGCGACGGCGGGGCCAGCGAGAUGCGCUGUGUGGACAGCUUCACGUCCGAAGACCAGGACCACGAGCGCGACUUCGAGAACGAGUCCGAGACGUCCGAGUCCAAGGUGUUCUACCGCGACGAGAUGAUGGACGCCGAGGAGCAGCGCCACGUCUCGGGAGGAGGAGGAGGAGGAGGAGGAAGAGGCCUGGACAAAGGAGAAGGAGAGGAGAAUGGGCGCCCACGGAAGGACGUGGAGGACGACAGCCGCGCCUCGCCCUCCCUACACCAGCCCGCCGUCAAAAUCAAAGAGGAGCUCAGCGACCCCACCUACGACAUGUUCUGCAUGAGCCAGUACGGCCUGUACAACGGCAGCAUGGCUGCCGCUGCCGCUGCCAGCAUGGCCGCCCUGCACGAGAGCUUCAUCUCCUCCAUGGCCUAUGGCGCCAGCCCGCCCAAGAUCCACUCGCAGUCCCCUGAGGGCGACCUGUGCGCCAGCCCCGACCCCAAGAUCUGCUACGUCUGCAAGAAGAGCUUCAAGAGCUCCUACAGCGUCAAGCUGCACUACAAGAACGUCCACCUGAAGGAGAUGCACGUGUGCACCGUGGCCGGAUGCAACGCUGCCUUCCCGUCCCGACGGAGCAGAGACAGACACAGCUCCAACAUCAACCUGCACCGCAAACUGUUGACCAAAGAACUCGACGACAUCAUCCUGGACCCACGGCUCACGCCGCUGCCCAAAGACCUGCGGGCCGAGAUCCUGGCCCGGAUCUACGGCGCGCACCACCUGGGCCUGGAGGGGGGCGGGGGCCCGGGCGGCCCCGGCGCCGUCCCGGUCCGGAGCGAGGAGGCUGCGUCUCCCGUCGGCACGGAGUACUUCCACGGCAACGGCUACCGCGGCAACGACGACUACGCGGUGCUGGACCUGAGCACGACGUCGAGCGUGCAGUCCAGCGACAGCGUCCACUCCUCGCACGACUCGGACGAAGGCAGCGACGAGGGCGUCCUGCUGGACGACCUGGAGGCCAGCGAGGCCGAGGACGGAGGGGUCCGAGGGGGCGUAGAACGAGGGGCGGAGGGAGGAGUCUCGGGGGAGGGGCUUACGCCCGCCGACCCCUCCUCCUCCCCGUCCCUCGUCGCGUCCGUUGCCAGCGGUAACGGCGUGGGUGGCGGCAUCCUCUGCACAAUUUGUCACAAAUUGUACAGUAACAAGGGCACGCUGCGGGUGCACUACAAGACUGUGCACCUGCGCGAAAUGCACAAGUGCAGAGUGCCUGGUUGCAACAUGAUGUUCUCCUCCGUACGCAGUCGGAACAGGCACAGCCAAAACCCUAACCUCCACAAAAACACGCCCGUCGCCGUGGCGCUGGAGUAACCCCCCCGCCCUCCCCACACACACACCACACCACAACCCCUUCGAUCAAAACCGCCGCAACGUGUGACUGUGUGCCUGUAACACCUGUGUAAGACUUCUCCGAGGUCGGAUUCGGGUUCCAGUAGACUAUGAAUCUUCAGCGUCGUGUCCAUGCGACACGUCCUUCUUUGGAAGAACUGCGAUUGGACGUUUGGGAGCGCGGCUCGCUCCGCGGCAGAAGGGCCCACCUUCUGCCUGUCGCCGAGCCUCCUUUCUGUCCAAUUCCAAAGAAACUCCUCAGACUCUGUGUGUGUCACUGUUGCCUGCAGAAUCAAUAAUACUGAUUUAAGAAAAGUCUCCUUGUUGUAUUUGUGUUAUUAUAGCUUUUAAAAUGAAUCCCAUGCAUAAGCAUGAACGGCUUAAAUUUGUAAAUACUGUCCCGAGAGGCUUUUGAUGUAAAACAAUCGUGUUGAUGGUUGGUUGCUUUAUUUUUUUCCUUUUUCUUUUAUGUUACAGUACAAUACUUCCAGCUCAAAGUGUAGAUGAGAAGAGGUAGCAACUAACUAGUCUGGUUCAUUUAUACUAGUUAAAAGCAAAAAAAGAAAAAACUCAAAAUGCUUUUUAACCAAGAACUCCCCCAACCUUCCUCCUUGUGACUUGUUUUAUCUACUCGUGGACGUGCGGUAGGAGCUGGCAUGCUUUCAGCCUCCUCAACAAUUCUUUUUACUCAUUUUCUCAUGUUUAUAGCUUUAGUAAAAAAAACUAAACAAAACAAACAGUUCAGUUUUGCACUUUGCAGCUCUACAAAGCAGAAUGUGUAGUAUUAUAAGCAGUCUUCACAAUGAUGGGUCUUACAUGCCAUCUUCUGAGUUAUUCACGGUCGCGACGCCGAGGGAAAUUACGUUGCAAAAUGUGCCAGUUUUGCACACGCUCAGAGAAGAAGAAAAGAAAAAGGCACGCAUCGUCUCUGAGGACCCGCCUGUGCCCAGGAAGAACGCGGUACCGACCCAUCCAGUUUGCCUACAUGCUGUUACGAUUUUCCUCUGCAGGAUUUGUGUGUAAACAUAACUGCCGUUUUUGCUACAGAGACGUGUGAGGGGUUCGUUCGGCACACGUCGGACGAUGACGUGUGCUGUCCCACCGAGCUCCCGACCUUUUACUGCAUGUGCUAUUGUCAUACCAGAGUUAGCGAGUGUCCCUAUCAUUUGUUCUGCCUUGAAAUUUUAUUCUUAAAAAAAAUGCAAUCGUCAUCUCAGACUUUUUUUUUUUUUUUUUUUAACCCACAGUUGUAAAAGUCCUUAAACUGACCCCCGCCCCUCCGCCCCGGCCCGCCCCCCCAAAAAAACCACUCAAACAUCUCACCAAACACAUUAAGACAGGAUUCCCUUCACUCUCAUCUUAUUUUGUUCUGUCUGAUUUAUCAGCCGUCUGCACACACACAGGAGCAGACAGACGCCGGCGAUCGACACGACACUAUAACGUGGAAUAAUGGUGGAAUCAUUUCACACGGUGUCAAUUAGCCAAAAAAAACCAAACAAACGUGAACUUGUAAGUGAACUUGGUUUGGGGGGAAAACGCCGUCUGCCAUUGAGCUAAACGCGAGUGUCCGUCCGAGCCCCGCAAACGAGCUCAGCGUGAGCGAAUUUGCCCCGCGCAGCCCGAAACGUAAGAUCAGAGACGACAGAAAGAUGGCCUAGUGCUUCCGUUGCCCCGGGCGGCGGGCGCACACUCCCGUCUCCGCUGUGCCACGCUUGGAGCAGUCCUCCUCAUUGCUCCCGCCCAGGAGGGGGCGAGAGGAGGGGGGGGGGUACCAAGAGACGAAGCGCAUCAUCAAAAAACGUGCAGCUACACACCUGGAGGCAUGUGCUCAGCUCUGCCACUGAUCUGUCUAAUAACUCACUUGUCACUUCAUUACAGUGAAAGAUGUGAACACUGCUGACAAGCCUGCGUCACAGAGACGUCCGCGCUCCUCCCCGCCUCUUCUUUUCCCUCCUGCUCUCUUUCUCUCUUUUCCUCUGUUCCCCUUCGCUGUCAGGCUGCUACCAGCGUCUCAGAUCCACAGGGACACGCUCCAAUAACGCACGCUUUAAGUUCACCGGGCGGACGUCGCCCCGUAUAAAAUGAGGUGUAAUUGCAUGUUUGUCCCACGCGAAGAGAAAACCCAGCAUAGAAAGGCAGAUGUGUCCCCAGAGCUACACCCCAGCGCUCGCAGAGAGCACCGCCCAAGUGUGCGGCUCAAGAGACCGCUGACAGCUGUCUCUCAAACCCGCACGCACACACAGCUAACAGGCCGGGGGAUGACAGCAGAACGAGAACUCAGUAACCUCUGGCGCCGGGCAAAGCAGAGAUGAGCAGAGGCUUCUGUAAUGGGUCAGGACAGGAAGAGGAAAACCUACCACCAAAACCGUAAAAAACAAAAACAAAUUUAGAUAAAAUAAGGUAAACUCUAAACUUUUAUUUGGGGAUCCCACAGAAAGUUUGAGCUCCGUCGUUCAGCUUUACAGUACAAUGGAAAAAAAGUGUUUGUACACAGUAUGUGGUUGACAGAGAGAAUAAAAGGGACUGUGUGUGCAGAGCCGGCAGUUUUUCCACAGUCAUUACCAAGCCCGAAAUUCGAUCGGGUGCGAGGCACUGCAUCGGCACACACACAAACCCUCUGCUUGAAGCGUUCCUAGUGAGGGUUCCAGUAUUUAGACUUCCCCGUAUUUAGAGCAGCAGAGCAGGAGGAAAAA